GUUUGAUCAGUUUUUUGACUGCCGCCACAAAACGAAAAGUUGAGUCAUGAAAACCGAUUAUGUCGAUAUGCAUUGGCCGUGGUCUCCGAUUUCUACGCUCGUCCUCUCUUAAUAGAGGGUACAACGGCGGCCUGUGCGCGACUUGGUCACUACCGCUCAGUCGCCCCGCAUGGUGGACAUCAGCCGGCCACGACCGUCCGGCCAAAAGCGUCAUCGCUGCGCCGACUCUGGAUUCUCUGGAGAUGACGACGACGCCGAGGCUUCGCGGUUACAAUGCAACCUUUUUCUCCACAAGUUCAGCAUCUCCAGUCCCAGAUUCCGAGCCACCGCAGAGCAUAUCAAACCAGUCCCCUUCAAAAACAUCGUCGACCUCCUCGCGGAACAAUGGGCGCAUCUUUCUCCUGAGCGGUUCGGCGCUCGCGCUGGUGGUGGCGCUCGUUCUAGCGGACAAGGGACGCCGGCGCAGUGCGUUGUUUUGGGCCAAUGCGUUCCCCAUUUAUCUGCACUACCGCAGCUUGGACCUCGCUUAUCGGCAAAACGCCGACUACGCCGCCUGGCUGUUCGGCGGGGAUCGCGACGAUGUGUUCCAGAGCUUGCACUACCGCUACUCCCCGCGAGUGAAGCGUCUCUGCCUCUCGCUCCGCGGCCUGUACUUGAAAAACGCCCAGUUUAUGUCCCUCCGGGAAGACGUCGUGCCCGAGCCGUACCUCACCUGGUGUCGACAGCUGCAGCACGAGGCGCCGGUGUGUCUCACGGCAGAGGAGGCACGCAAAAUCCUUUGCGAGGAUCUGGAGAAAGUAAAAAAGCAAACGGACGAGAACGUCGGAAACCAAAGUAGUACAGGAAAGAGUGCAGGUGCACGCAAUGUUGAUCCAAAGGUAUCCAAGGACGGUACUUUGGACAUUGAAAAACAGUUCUUCGAACGAUUGAAUCUCGAAAAACCGAUCGGCAGUGCGGCAAUCGGCAUGGUAUACCGUGGAAAAUUUUAUACCGACGAAACAAGAAAAGGCACGGUCGAUGUGGCAGUGAAGAUCCAGGUCCCGGGGACCGAAAAGCUUUUUCGCUCCGACAUGGCGACAAUGCGGGCGUUUUGCCACUUGGCGUACCCCAGUUUCGUACCGCAGCUUUCCGAACUGGAGCAAAUGUUUCUUACCGAGUUUGAUUACGAACGCGAGGCGAACAACCUAAACAAGGUCCGCGCCCACUGGCUCGCCAGCUGCGCCCGUGAUAAUUCUAAUUCAUCCGCUGCAGCAGUGGCCUGGCAGGAAGCAGGAAGAGGCCUUUACCAGUUUCUCAACAGAAUCCUCAUUCAACCCCUCGCAUUUCUUUGGCGAAAGCGUACAGUCCCAGCGAUCUCGACGUCUGCACAAGAACAGCAGCAUAGCCCAGCUCCGCGUCAGCAGGAGGUGAACGAGCGCCGUCAAAAAAUAGUGGCGUUGGGAAGCGCUGACUGGAAACGAAUCUACGUGCCUGAGGCGCUUCUGGCAUCGAAAAACAUUCUGGUGAUGGAGUACGUGGAAGGGAACACACUGAUCCAGGGACUGGAAUUGCUGGUGCAAAAACUCGCAGACAAAAAGAACGUUUCCAAAGAACAACUGGAAGCGGAGUUGCGCGAGCGCAUCCGCGUGGAGGGCUACGAGUCCUUGGCCGACGCGAAGGCGCGGUUCCAGCUCGCGAGACUGCGAUACGGCGGUGACGUCGUGGCGAUUAAUCCGGCGGAGGUAUUGGAGCGGCUCCUGCACUUUUUCUGCCGGCAGGUGCUGGUGGACGGCUGUCACCAGGCUGAUCCGCACCCGGGGAACUACCUGCUGCUCCCGGACGGGCGCCUGGGUUGCAUCGAUUUUGGCCAGAUGAAGGAGGUCCCGAUCCGGAAACGCUUGGCCCUGGCGCGGCUGAUCGUGGCGCUCGACGAAGGAGAGCGGGCGGUGGAUGCUGAAGUUCGCGAAAAACACGACGCGGAGGCGAAUCGCAUUGCCGUAGAGGAAUUGGGGGCCCGGUCGGACAAGAUGAGCGACAAGCUGCGGCUUCAGGUGUUGCGCUUCUGGAUGAGUGAGGACCAUCCGGAUCUGUACACACGCGGCGGAAAGGAAAAUCUGGACUCCCUAGUGCGGCGCUGGCACCAGGAAGAUCCACGCGGAACCAUCGAUGAGGACAUCAUCACUGUUAAUCGCGCCGCUUUUAUGAUUCGCUCGCUCUGCAUGCAUCUAGGCAUCUAUGUGCGCCUCCUAGACUUCUGGCGGCCCUACGCUGAUCAAAUCUUGAUGACACAAAAAGAAAAAUAAACACCCAAAAACAUAUAUACCAACAAAUUAAUAAGAAUCAUCAUAACUUACUAAGACGAGCACUGACGACGAUGAGCUACAACUACUAGUAGUACGCAGGAAUUCCUGUUGAACAGUCUUGUAUCUUCAUGGAACGCAACGCAUUGCGAUCUUUCAAGUGCAUCGCGGUUGCCAGUGUCGGUAAAAAAUGAGAAACUUGCUCUUGUGACGCCGAUGAAAUGAAACAGAAC